AGAAUGGAAAAUGUAGAUAACUUUAUUUUGUGUUUUCAGACUUGUGUUAUUUUGCCAAACACGAGGAGCUUCAGAGCACUCACUGAUUCUUUACGUGUACACCGAAAGCGGAAGUUCUUUUUUCAAAGUGUUUUUUUGCCUUAUCAACUAUUUUUUAAGCACUCAAGUCAUUCACGAAUAUCAGUCACAGCAGAGUGGAAACCGGAAGGUUUGAUGCAAAACGUUGUGGAAGAAAAGUGGAAAGAAGUUGAUGAGCUCCAAAAUUCUUUAGCUGCUCGCAAGGAUGGCCCCUUGAGUUUAAGACUUCAAUAUUUUGCCGAGCAACAUCACCCCCACUUAGUUAAGACGCUAAAAAGUCACAGAGGCAAGUUAAAAGUUGUCGGCGACAUGAAACGGACUACUUAUGGAACGAAGCCAAGACAAAAGUUGGAGAUAGCUGAUAUUAUCAACCCACGGAAGACUGCACAAACGAUGGUGGAAAGUGGUGUUGAUGCUAUUUCGGUUGCUGUCGAUUAUUCAGUUUAUAGCGGGACUUUUUUUGACUUGAAAGAAACGGUAGAAUUUGUGAAAUCUGUCGAUUGUGAGUGUUCGAUACCCGUUAUUUGUAAAGAUCUUGUUGUGCAUCCUUUACAAAUUGCUGCCGCAAAGGAAGCUGGUGCCGAUGCCGUUUUGCUUAUUGCUGCUGCCUGUUUAUCGGAUCUUCCAGAGUUGUUGAAUGCUGCAACAGUUGUUGGUUUGGAUGCCAUUGUAGAAUGUCACAAGGAAUGGGAAUGCGAGUAUGCGAUGGAAUAUGGGGCAACUAUAUUAUUGUUAUCGAAUCGCAGUAGAGUGGAUGGAGAAAUAUAUAUGGGAACUGCAGAACGCUUAAGAGGCAUGAUACCCAACUUUAUUGCUACUAUUGCGGGGGGUGGAAUAGAAACCAAAGAGGAAGCGUUUUCUAUUCAAGACGCAGGCUUUGAUGCUGUAAUCAUUGGUCGUUCACUAUUUCGACCUUCUGGAAUGCAACUUGUGCAUAGUAUUCAACAAAGAAUAAUAGAAGAAUCCUUGCCAGGUUUCUUUUAGAGCUAACAAAUAAAGAAAGUUGAAAUGCG